AUGAUCUCCGCAGGGAAGUGGCUCUUCUGGGCCUUAUUCACUUUCCGAUACCUAAGAACAAUUGCCAGUAUCUUCAUCUAUCUUCUGAUUCGACCAAAGGUCAUCCACAAUCACCCCAGGUAUACUGGAAAAGAUGUAACGGUGGUCAUCCCAACAACAUUCAAGUCACCGCCGGAACUCAUCGAGUGUUUACACUCAAUCAAAGCUUCCUCACCAUCUACCAUCAUCAUUGUCACCAGUGACGCAAAUGUUGAGCUCCUUGUCAAAUAUUGUCGUGAUAACUCUUUUGAGGUUACGGCUUUGGGGGUGUCGAAAUUGAACAAGAGGGAACAGAUCCUGAGAGCCAUGCCACUUGUGAAAACCGCGAUCACAGUUUUGGCCGAUGACGACGUAUUCUGGCCUGAAAGAUUCUUGGAAUACCUGCUUGCAGUCUUUGAGGACGCAAAGGUCGGUGCAGGUGGCCCCAUGCAGCGAGUCAGACGAAAUGAGCGUCCGGACGGAUGGAACUUCCUUGGUAUCAGCUAUCUUGAACGUCGGGUUUGGAACAACCUUGCUACAAAUGGUGUUGACGGAUCUAUCAGCACGUUGUCGGGAAGAACCGCAGCCUACCGGACCAAAAUUUUGCAAUCCGACGAAUUUGCCCACUACUUCAGGAGUGACUCCUGGAAAGGAAAGAAAAUCCAUACGGGUGAUGAUAAGUGCCUCACCCGGUAUGUAUACUCCCGUGGUUGGAAAAUUGCCAUCCAGCCCGACUGCCGCGCUACCAUCGAGACCACCGUUGAACCUGAUCGAAAGUAUAUCAGCCAGUGCAUACGCUGGGCUCGAAGCCAUUGGCACGGAAAUUUCGUUGUAAUGACUGAAGAGUCUUAUUGGUACUCGCCACGGUAUUUUUGGGGUCUAUACUACAUUUAUGUAGGCCAAUUCCAAACCCCAGCACUUCUGGUUGAUGGGCUAUUGUUCUUCUUUCUCUGGCUAGCCCUAAGAACCACCCAGUCGGAUACCGCCACUGUCGCUUAUGCCAGCCUCGGAGCAUGGAUUUUCUUUACGAAGCUAGUUAAGCUCAUCCCUCACUUCUGGAAGUACCCUUCGGACCUGAAGUUCAUCCCGCUGUCUAUCUUGUUCAGCUAUCUGCAUGGAUUUAUCAGUCUGUAUGCACUUUGGACCUUGGAUGCAACCCAAUGGGGGUCACAAAACCUGAGUGCACUCGAAGCUGCGCGAGCCGACACUAGAGUAACAUCAACAUCCGCUGGUAAAUAUGGGGCUACCAAGGAUGAAACACAAGCACUUUUAGGUUGAAUGAUCUAUAAGUGACGGUAACAGAAUCUAAGGCGGUUGGCGCGAAUGAAAAGGUAAACAUGAGAAAUUUGCUGCAUGAAGGAGGAGGAAGUUCUUUGUUUCGGUCAUUGAUUGCCCUCGGCAACAUACUUCAAGAUCCUCAGGGG